CAACAACACUCUCCCCCGAACCUGUCACACGUGUUCUCCCUCGCUCCUCUCGCCGCACAGCUCCGUGUCUGUUGGCUCUUCCGCUCCUCGGGUUCCCGCACGGUGGCAGGGAGGCGAUUCUCCACCGUCGCCAUUUUUUGGGGGGGGACUGCCUGUCGAAAGGGGAGAAACUUUGCUAGCUGACGCCUAACAUUAGCAGCUAGCUGGUUGGCCAGUAGCCCUUGCUUGCUUGUCUGCUAGCCCGUUGUGACAGCGGCAGACGCCUGACAGUCGUUAGCCCGGCUAGCUAGCCUCGCGUUGAAUUGUUAUUGCCACCGGCUACAAUAAAUGACUAAAUCGGCUGUUGCUAAAGUGAACACAUUAGCUUAACGGACCGUGUGUUUACUGGGAAGGCGACUGUGUUGUUAGAUUAGCAAAUGCUAAUGUGUAAACCAGCCCCAUCUGAUUCGCCUCGUCUGUGAUUUUUUUUUUUUUUGGCGUCAGUCGCUUUGCUCCGCCGCGUCGACCGGAGCCACCAGCCGCCGACACCCCUCUCCCCGACCCGUGAGGACUCAUUUCCGGACGAGGCGCCCAUGUGCUGAUUCCUCAGGCCCAUCCAUUACUGCAGAUGAAUCUUCAGCUGCUUUGGCGUAGCUCAGCACCCAGAUAGUCCCAUCCCCUUCGAUUGGGCGAUAAGGGACUACAUUGACCAGGAUGCCCGCCUCUGUAAGGGCAGGGAGCCUGAAGGAUCCCGAGGUGUCUGAUCUUUUCUUCAAAGAAGACCCAGAGAAGCUUUUCUCAGACCUCAGAGAGAUUGGCCAUGGCAGCUUUGGUGCCGUCUACUUUGCACGGGAUAUUCGAACUAAUGAGGUGGUGGCCAUCAAAAAGAUGUCCUACAAUGGCAAACAGUCUAUCGAGAAAUGGCAGGACAUAAUAAAGGAGGUGAAGUUUCUCCAGAGGAUCCGGCACCCCAAUAGUAUAGAGUACAAAGGAUGCUACCUCCGUGAGCACACAGCAUGGCUGGUGAUGGAGUAUUGUCUCGGCUCAGCCUCUGAUCUGUUAGAAGUUCAUAAAAAACCUCUACAAGAAGUAGAGAUCGCUGCCAUUACACAUGGUGCUCUGCAGGGGCUGGCCUACCUUCAUUCCCACAAUAUGAUCCACAGGGACGUGAAGGCAGGUAACAUCCUGCUGACUGAGCCGGGGCUGGUCAAACUGGCCGACUUUGGCUCUGCCUCCAUCGCCUCGCCUGCCAACUCCUUUGUGGGAACGCCGUAUUGGAUGGCCCCCGAGGUGAUUCUCGCCAUGGAUGAGGGCCAGUAUGAUGGGAAGGUGGAUGUCUGGUCCUUGGGAAUCACCUGUAUAGAAUUAGCGGAGAGGAAGCCUCCCUUGUUUAACAUGAAUGCAAUGAGUGCCUUAUACCACAUAGCGCAGAAUGAGAGUCCCACACUAAUGUCUAGUGAAUGGACGGAUUACUUCAGAAACUUUAUCGAUUCUUGCCUUCAGAAAAUCCCCCAGGACCGGCCGCACUCUGACGACAUGCUGGGUCAUGCAUUUCUGCAGCGUGAACGUCCAGACUCUGUGCUAAUGGAUCUUAUUCAAAGGACCAAGGAUGCCGUGCGAGAGCUGGACAACCUGCAGUACCGCAAGAUGAAGAAGAUCCUCCUCCAGGAGGCUCACAACGGACCUGCUGCAGAGGCUCAGGAUGGAGAUGAGGUGCGUGAGCUGGAGCCUGGUGGAGGUCGAACAGGAACAGUGAACAGCGUCGGCAGUAAUCAGUCCAUCCCCAGUAUGUCCAUCAGCGCCAGCUCCCAGAGCAGCUCCGUCAACAGCCUGAAUGAGGCGGCUCAGGACAGCCGCAGCGAGCUGGACCUGAUGGAGGGGGACCACACAGUCAUGUCCAACAGCUCUGUCAUCCACCUGAAACCGGAAGAAGAGGAGAGCUUCUCUGGGGAGCAGGAACCCAGCAGUCAACCCACUGAGCCCCAGGAAACACCGGUUCAGGUCCCAAGGAAGCACUACCGCAACAGAGAGCAUUUUGCCACCAUACGCACAGCGUCACUUGUGACUCGAGAGAUGCAGGAACACGAGCAGGACUCUGAGCUGCGGGAGCAGAUGUCAGGAUACAAACGAAUGAGACGGCAACAUCAGAAGCACCUGAUGGGUCUGGAGAACAAGCUGAAGGGAGAGAUGGAUGAGCACCGUCUGAGGCUGGACAAAGAGCUGGAGAGUCAGAGGAGCAACUUCUCCCAAGAGAUGGAGAAGCUGCUCAAAAAGCACCAGGCGGCCCUCGAGAAAGAUCUGAAGACAUUUACCAAUGAUGAGAAGAAGUUCCAGCAGCACAUCCAGGUGCAGCAGAAGAAAGAACUCAGCAGCUUUCUGGAGUCUCAGAAACGAGAAUAUAAACUACGCAAGGAGCAGCUCAAAGAGGAACUGAGUGAGAACCAGUCGACUCCAAAGAAAGAGAAGCAGGAGUGGCUCUCUAAGCAGAAAGAGAACAUCCAGCACUUCCAGGCGGAGGAGGAGGCCAACUUGCUGAGGAGACAGAGGCAGUACCUGGAGCUGGAGUGUCGACGGUUCAAACGCAGGGUCCUCAUCGCCAGACACAAUGUGGAGCAGGAUCUGGCCAGAGAGGAGCUGAACAAACGGCAGACACAGAAGGACCUGGAGCACGCCAUGCUGCUCCGGCAUCACGAGUCCAUGCAGGAGCUGGAGUUCAGGCAUCUGGGGACGAUCCAGAAGGCGCGGGCAGAUCUGAUCCGCACCCAGCACCAGACCGAGCUCACAAACCAGCUGGAAUACAACAAGAGGAGGGAGAGGGAGCUGAGGCGGAAACAUGUCAUGGAGGUCCGACAGCAGCCCAAGAGCCUCAAGUCUAAGGAGCUUCAGAUUAAGAAGCAAUUCCAAGACACUUGUAAAACCCAGACCAGGCAGUACAAGGCCCUCAGGAAUCAUCUGCUGGAGACCACGCCCAAGUCUGAACACAAGGCGGUGCUGAAGAGGCUGAAGGAGGAGCAGACCAGGAAGCUGGCCAUCCUGGCAGAGCAGUAUGACCACUCCAUCAAUGAGAUGCUCUCCACGCAGGCUCUGCGGUUAGAUGAAGCUCAAGAGGGGGAGUGUCAGGUUCUGAGGAUGCAGCUGCAGCAGGAGCUGGAGCUGCUCAACGCGUACCAGAGCAAGAUCAAGAUGCAGACGGACGCUCAGCACGACAAGGAGAAGAGGGAGCUGGAGCAGAGGGUGUCUCUGCGGAGGGCGCUGCUGGAGCAGAAAAUUGAGGAGGAGAUGCUCGCCCUGCAGAACGAACGCCUGGAGCGGAUCCGCUCGCUGCUGGAGCGACAGGCCCGAGAGAUCGAGGCUUUUGACUCUGAGUCCAUGCGGCUGGGCUUCAGCAACAUGGUGCUCACCAACCUGGCUUCUGAUCCCCAGGGAGGCUGGGGGGGCGGAGGGGGAGGAGGCCAGGGGGCUCAGGGGGGAGGCCAUUGGCCUGCAGGAGGUGGAGGAGGGGGCCACCAUAGUCAUCACCACCAGGGGAGCUCCAGCUCACAGCAGCCCUGGGGUCACCCCAUGCUAGCUGGGGGUCCACCGCCCUGGAGCCUCCAUCACCCCGGAGGAGGGAGUCAGAGGGGGAGUGGAGGCGGUGCGGGAGGGGUGAGGAACAGCCCGCAGGCUAUGAGGAGGACGUCAUCAGGGGGAAGGAAUGAACAGGGCAUGAGCAGGAGCGCCAGCAUCACCUCUCAGAUCUCCAACGGAUCCCAUCUGUCAUACACCUAGGCAACACACACACACACACACACACACACAAAAGAGAAACGGUCAUUGUCUUAAAGGUGACACACACCGAAGUAACACUGUACACAGAAAAACUCCACACAUGCUUCACACAUAGUUAUUUCCCACAGUACGUCCAACUCCUACUGCACAGUACUGACACUGGGUUUACUUCCACCCAGUUGCUCCCAUCACCACUUCUCUUUCACCAGUGCACUGCUACUAGCAGUGGUCUGUGGAAACCCAACAGUCUUUAUAUUAAUCCAAGAUGGCUGAAGGCCAUAGACAGUAUCCCACAGUGCAAUAGUAUUUUACUGUAGCCUACCGUGCUAUUUUAUGUGUUUUUAUAUUUGCAAUGUUAGUCUCUGUUGCCAUAGACUCAAAGUAGAGUUCAGAUUAUCUAGCAGGAGUUUAUCAGGAGGAGUUUGUUUGCAGUAUGCUGCUUUAUAUGCUGUUAUGUGGUAGCAAAUCAGGGGGAAAUUAGCAUUCAAUGUGUGUGCAAUUGUUUUUAAUAACAUUUAAAUAUUUUUUACUUCAAACUGCUCAAGAUUAAAGCACAGAAACCGUUAAAAGAGAAAGUUUUUAUGAGAUUAUUGCUCACGUACGUAGGGGUCGGACUCGAGACUGACGAUUAAAGAACAGAGUCUCAGAACAUGUUGCAAAGGCGUAGAAUGGAGAUGGAUAGAGCAGAACAGAGAUUGAUGUAAGUGGGUAUCAGUGCAGUGAUGUAACUGAGGAUGGAAUCUUCCACCCUAGUGGAAAUGUAACCUGAUUCAUCAAGAUGAAAAAUCACACACACCCAGUCCUGAAUGUCUCCUGGGUUGAACACCCUUGGGUGGGGAGUUGUUUACUAGCAGGGCUGCGAAGAGGCCAAAGGUGCAGAGUCAGAUAUCGUUGUGGUAACUACUCACGCCAACGUACUGUGACGUUUAAAUGAGAUUUCAGUUGAGGUUCAGUUCAGACUAUAUGAGGCCAAACAGAUGCAUCUUCAGCUGGACUGCAGGAGAGAAGCACUCACUCCCUGUGCUGGUGCUCUGCCGUAUGGGCUUGACUCUUGGGUUUCCACAGGCCUCUGCCCUCCACUCACACCUGCCCAGUCUGAGGGAUACUAGAGCCUUACACAGCCGUCAUGACAGGAUGGCUUUUCAGCAGCACCCAACCUCUACCUGGAUAGAUUCAAACCCGUGCAUUCACUCUUCACUUCAAUGCAUUAGUUUCCUGCUCCAAUUUGGCUCCGUCUUAUCGAUGCUCUAUGAAGUUCUUUGAUUAAGUGAACGAUGCCUGUUUGCCUACCUCAAGUAGAGCUUCACCACAAGGUGUCGUGACUUUACAAUGACUUGCACUUCGGCACAGGCCGUUACCCACAGACAUUAUUAAUCUGACACAUUUACACACGCAAAUUCACUUGAAACAUACUUUUUUUAUGUUUUAUUCCCCAGGCCACCAGUUAUGUCCCUUUGCACACUUUACUGAUGAAUGCAUGUACAGGGUCACAUUUAGUGAAAGUGGUAUGGGGACAUUUAAGUGAAAAUAAAUAGUGCACAUAGCUGUGUUGGUCGUAAAUAAACCAACGCGCUCAAACAAUUACUUGUUUCCGCGCAACUUCGUCACAUUUGUCUGAAAUCUGCCCCAGUGUGCAGGUUCUGACUUUUUAAAAAGGGGUCAAAUUGAAACGAAUGAACACUGAAUGCACGGGGGAGCUUCACUUGCGCUCUGCUGGUUGGUGACUGCUGAAUGUGUCCGUGGGUGCAGGGGUGGUGACGCUGGGAUCUCCGCUGCCAUGACCCUGCAACUUCCCCCGGUGUGACGCCCCGCUUGGUCUCACCCCUGGUGUCCGCGAUGUCAGCCUCUGACCACCGGUCUCCCUGCCUCCCUCCUCCUCCUCUGUUUCCUCCCCCCUGAGCCUAUUGUGGUCUUCAACCCCCCCCUCCUGUCUUUGAGAAGAGCUCUUCAAGUGAAAGAAAAGAUUAAAUAAAUAUAUGUAUGAUAUAAAUAAAAAAGAAAAAGGAUUUUAGAGAAAUGGAGAUAAAGGUCUUAUGUGAAAUGCAGAGAUUAUGCAUUAUAUUAUCUUCAGAGGUGAAAUGUGCAGGAAACCUGUUAAUAUUGUAUAUUUUGAAUUUGAAAAUAUGGAAUUCCUGAUUGACAAAUCAAAGACAAUUUAACUUGUGAUGCGGACACAGUGACGUGGUUUUAGACCAGCGGUUUUUAAGUGUUUUACAGCCGCUGUCUUACUUGCAGCCACGAGUUCUGAGACUUGUUACACAUGUUCUGCUGUGAAUGACAACAACAGGACUCUUGGUCAGAUUGACUCGAGUGUAACAGCAACCCUUUUCUUUUUUUUUUUUAAUGCUGAAUGAGGAUAAUUUUGCACAUCAUUUGAAAAUCUAGUUAGUUGUAGCCUUUGAUUUAGCAUGGGCUACAUUAGAUUGUCUACUUAGAUUCUUCAAGGUUUCUAGGUUGAGGUCACAGUGACAUAGAAAAAUAAAGAAUUGUCCUAAAAGCUGCUCAGUUCUGUAACAAUUGGUUUCAUCCACAACCCGACAAGUUCUUGCACAAGACAGUGAAAAUAUAUCUGUUGUUUGAUAGCUACAGACUUACUCUUAGGUGUUGUGGGAUCCACUGAUAUGAUUUGAACUUGAGCUUCUGACUUAUGAAACGUGUUCCUGCUUCUGUUCUGGUUUUUACACAAAGCAUUUUCACACUGCACUUAAAAGAAAUUGCCUUUUUUUAAAUCUUACCUCCCUGAACUCACUAUUUACAAUCCUGUUUUUUAAUGGCACAGAAAACUUUUAAUGCCAGGAUGCCAUUGUACCUGACAUAUUUUACCAACUUUUAUUUUUCCAGUUCCCUAGAGAUUUUAUUUCCUUUAACACCAGAAUGGGCCAUUUUAUUUUCCAGUCAAUGUCUGCAGCCAAACCAGUGGCAGAUUUUUAGAUUUCUCUGGUGUUUACUAGAACUCCCAGUUGUGUGUUUUCGAGGCAGUUGGGGCAGAGUCUAUCUUUAGACCUUGGUCACUCUGAACUGGAUCAGUUGCACUGAUUGCACAAGUGAUUGACCAGAUUAAAGAGUCUACUGUGAUCCCCCACCCCCCCCCCCUCUGUGUGCUGAGGGAUGGCUGCCAUUGGCUGAGAGUAUGCGGGAGGCAGGGUCAUUUCUGUACAGUCUGUUGAUCAGUAUUUCUUUUAACUCUCCUGUCGUUUGGUGGAUCUUGCUGUUUUAUUCUCGCUGGUCCAGAGACUUGUAUUAAACUGUAUUAAACUGUAUAGAUUGUGCAAAAAGCUGAAUGUUGCAUAGCAGAAGAGGAAAGCUAUUCCACACAGAUGACAAAGUGAUUUAAAAAAUGUAUAAAAGAAAUUCAGAAACAAAGUUUAGGGGAUAAAUGUUAUAUUUUGUUUGUAAUUACAAUUUUUUGUUGGAAGAGGGCUACAGGAUAAAGAAUCAUCUGUAAUAAAGUAAUUUUAAUAUUU